UUUAAUGGAUCUAGUAGCACGUGUAUGGUAGUUCCCGCAGAAAUGUCGAGUACCGUUUAUGCUUGCCAUAAAAUUCAUUGUUAUAUUUCAAUAGUAUUAGUCGGUUACAAUCAAAAUUUUUUCAAUUACUUCCGAUUUAUCUAAGAAAUAUUCAGGAGUCAUGUCAGACGGCAUCACUGAGAGGAAGAACAAUUUGUUCGAAGUUGUAUGUUAUAGAUUUUUACAAAACCGACAACUUUGAUGAUAGCGAGUUGCAGGCUCGAUUGUAUGAAGGAAUCUACUAUGAUUUCUCGAUUCAAACUGAUUCGGACAUUAAAGGUGAUUCAAGAACCACAGAUGCUCCAAGGAUGAUUCAACUUGAUAGCAUGACCACUGAGACGAAUGUUAAAUCAGACAUGCUGCAACACGAAUCUGAAGAGCAACCUUUGGCAUCUAAAACCACUGGAGCAGAUUCUCAGACGAUGCCCUCUACAGAUCGGACAGAAUUUACUCAAAUCAAUACAUUGGCUGGUAGAGAGAUGAAUCCUUCGGCACAUGGAUGUGACAAUGGAAGUCCAGAAGAUCUUCUAGUUACACAAGGAAAGGAAAACGAAGAAAAUUCUUCUAAAAAUUAUAAAUCUUCCAAAUAUAUGAAAAAUGAACAUCAAGAAAGCUUUGAGAAAGACCAUAAUGAUACAGCAUAUUCAAAGUACAAUGUUGUUUCGAAAUGUGUGAAGAAACAGAGGCUUUCAGCCAAACAAACCGAUAAAGAUGAAGACAAUUCCGACUCUGAAGAAUCCAUAUGUGAAGUACCUAUUCCACCAAAACCAGAACCGCCGCUCAUAGAUUUGCAAGAUUCUGAUGAAGAAACCAAUACAAGUUCAGGGAUAGAUUUGAUUUUGAAAAAAUGGAAGAACAUUGCUUCAACAAAAACAAAUUCAAGAAGUACUUCAAAUCAUGAAUUAGAAGUCAUAGAAAUAUUAAGUAGUCGUCAGAAUACAUCUUUCAAAAGUAAGAAUACCGAUACAAUAAAUCCCGAUAAAAGUAUCCAAACAUCAACUUGUGUGCAAGAAGUUACAGAAGAUAUUGUUUUGAAUUGUACAGCAAUUCAGAGAGGCGCUAAAAGUGUAAGUGAAAUUAAGCAGUUGUCCAAAAGUACCGUGGCAAAUCAAGGAAGUAAAUCAAUUGAGGAUAAAAAUCAAAACUGCAAAAAAAAAUCACCUCAGAAUAAGUUGAAAAGAAAUAACGAAAAUAAUACUAAUCUUCAACAAGAAAUGUCUGUAAUAUCAGGAAAAAAAUCACAAAUAAGGAUGCAACAAAAUAUUGACAAAAGUAAUGUAUACAAUGUUAGGCAUACAGAUCAAGACAAUACAAACUAUGGAUUGCGUGACUCGGGACUGGAGUCAUGUAAUCCAGCAAUAGACGGGAAGAGACAAUGCAAUAACGAGGUUGACAACCAUCCUAAACAAAAGCGACAGUGCACGAUACAGCAGAAUAACGAAGACGUUAUGCCGCAAGAUAACAAUGGUGGAAAAAAAAAGAACGCAAUGUGUAACGAGUCAAUAUCGGAGGAGAUGAGACAUUACUACAACUCGAGUCAUGGCCAAGAGAAUUUUGACGUUGGAAAGUUACAGCAAGGGAUGUCAAAAGAUCCACGAAUGUGGGCGAUCCUCGAUGAAGACUUAAUGCCGUGUCCCUCUAGCAGACGUAGAUUUUGGAACGUCAAAUGCACUAAUUGCCAUCAGGAAGGCCACCAGCGCUAUGAUUGUUUAUCACCACGUAGAAUAUCGUGUUGCCACAUGUGCGGUAUGAAGGGCCACAUGGAGUUUCGAUGCCCGCAGAAGAUGUGCAUGACAUGUGGUAAGCAGCAGAACACAUUUCGUAACACGUGUGAAUAUUGUCGCGUUCUAUACUGUACUAUGUGUAAUUCGGUAGGACAUGAACAAGAGCAAUGUCCUGAUCUUUGGCGACGAUACCAUCAGACGAUCGACAUGAAUAGUGCACCGCAGGACCUGGGUAACGUGAUGAAGCCAUCGAGAUUGUUGUAUUGCUGUAAUUGUGCCAAGCGCGGUCAUGAAUCGUCCACAUGCAGGGAAUAUCGAUGGUCUGAGAACUUUCCUACUCCAGCUGUCGUCACAAAUUAUACAGAUGGGCCCACAUAUGGCUCAUGCGCGCCAAGUUCCUCUGGAUCUAAUCCCGAAACUGAUUUCUUGCCGUCUGGCGCGACAGGAAGUAAAACAUUGAUUCCACCAAAUUCUACUAAUAUACAACAUGCAAGGACCGAAGACGUGGAACCUUCUGCCAAUAUAGACACGUUAUCAUCACGUAUUAAUUUUUAUAUUCUACCAAAAGAAGCUGAGGACAUUUCACAAAUGGAAGAAAAUUCUUCUCCCGCAGUAAUUAAUAUUUGGCCCAUAAGAACGAAGCUCAGACAAACCAAAGUAAAUAACGUAAAAUUUAUUGACAUUAUAUAUUCCUAUGGUCAUUUUCGCAACAAAAAUCACCAGGACGCGCGGAUGAUUUUGAAAAAUCUUAGUAUGUAUUUUUGUAGCAGAAAACCUAUGUUAAAGAGUUUAAUAAACCGCAAGGUUGCUCCGGUUUUUCUUAACACAUUGCUUGAGAAACCAAUAGAGUUUGAAGUGAAGAUAGGCUUUACCAAUCGUCGGAAUCUACAAUUACACUUACUAGGAAUGAAAGAAUAUAUAGAGGAGUUGUAUGAUUUGUUGAGGUAUUGGCUUAACCUCCGAGAUGAUGAGAAAGAUUAUGGGAUAGACGUGACUACUCCACCUAUAAAUCCUAUAAAGAUGUUCAACUUCCUGAAUUCAAGAAUGCCGCAACUCGAGAAAAUGCGUUUCACAUGUUAUGCUGAACAUAUAGGAGGAAUGAAUGAUCCGCGAUGGAUUUAUAGUUGUAUAAACAAUGAGAAAAUUAAGUUAGUACAACACGAAAAGAAUACGAAAAUAUAUAAUCAGUCGCGAAAAAAGUUGUGGCGAUUGCAAACCAGGCUUCUGAUGAUUGCCAAUACGGAAUCUGAACCAAAUCGUUUAGUACGUAUGUUUCAACUUUUUAUGAGGAAAUUCGAAUCGGAUCGACAUCUGAUGGGCGAAAGACUUGACACUUCCACUUAUCUCAGACUUAUUUUGCUUUACAAUCAGCUAUUUGUACCUCACACAUCGGAGAACGUACGGAACAUGUUACGUCGCAUCGAGUUUGAGGAAAAGAAGAAGAAUGAUGAGAAAAAUUCACAGCAGAUGCAGCAGGAGAUAACGGUACGUGACCAAGGAAACGUUGUGUACAAUGUAUAUUCUUCAUCCACGGCAUCUUGCGUUCCACAGAACAUCAACUUCGAAAAUUAUUCCGCAAUUAAUCAACAGAAUAAUGAAAUAUUAGUUGAGGGACAAAAUAUGAACAAUAUUGCGCUUGAGACGAGCAAAACAACGGAUCGCAGUUGCGAUGAGAUAACAAUAUAUUCUUCUACGCAGGAUUCUAAGAUUAUUAUGCCAUUAAAUAUCGAGCCCGUGUCGCUUAAAGAUUAUGAAAGAAACGAAAGUCAAUUAUCAACAAGCGAAGUAAACAUCGAACCUAAUCUAUUUGAAAAUAAACGGAACAUAAAUGUGAAUAACAUGGUACACAUACCACGUUUGACGAAAACACACAAAAAGAGAUUAAAAAAAUUAAAUAUCAAAAUAGAGAAUAGUAUAGCUACAGCGGUAGGUCUUAUAAGAAAGGCUCGUGCUUUUAAAGUACCACAUAUGAUGAAUGCAGCAGACGAAAUGCAAAGACGGAUUAGGAAUCAGACAAUUAGGCCCAAGCAUAUCAAGACGUUGUCUAAAUUGGUUUUGAUAGAGGAGAAAUAUCAAAAAGAGGUAAAUGUAUAUUGCAAAAAUUUGUAAAAGUAGUUUCUAAAAAUUAAUUACACGCUCGUUCAGUAAUACAAUGAUAUCACCGUCUGACAUGCAUCCGUAUAAUGUACGAAAUGGUUUGGGAAGACAUUCUGUACAUUUAAAUUGCAUAUGGAAAAAUGUUUGUGUUGAACGAUAUCAAACAACCUGACAAAUGUAUAAUAUAUUUGAUAGAGGACAGAAUAUAUAUUAUGGCAAAACUUGUAAAAUAUUUUACAAGUACACACAAAAUUUAACCAUAUAUAUUAUACUCCUUGCUAUGUGAAUCAUUCUCGAUGAUUGUAAAACAACAUUUUGAAAUAUUAUUUGUUUUAUGUUACACGCUACAAUAAAAUAAGUCAAUUAU